CAUCCUCGCGUUCCACCUGCUCUCAUCCAACGCGUCCCAUGCUCCCGAGUGGCUCGUCUCCAGCCAACGCGAGCGGCAGCACGUCGAACGACGCUCGCCCACUGUUUGCCCAUUCGCAUUCCCCGCACCAGGGUGGCUUCACCGUGCCAGGCGUGACCAACUACAAUCCAUCCGGAUCACCAAGCCUGCGCCACAGCGCCCUGGGCAGCGGCAUGAACGUACCAUUUGGCUCCUCGUUGAACGACAGCUUGGGCCAAUCCAGGAGUCACUACCAAACAGGUUAUUUGAUGUCCGUCCAACCGAACAAUGCAUCACCGCAAGGUGGUUCGCGCUCCGAAGAAGCGCCGAUCGUCCAGACAAAAGCAAAGUUGAAUCACGUCUUUGCCGGUAGCGCAGCGUCCGACUUUGGCAUGGACUCCAUGUUUGAGAGUUCUCGGCGCAGACAGAGACAGCCCUUAGCCGACGAAGACGCGCCCCCAACCAACUCCGUCAACGACAUCAUCAAUGAAGUCUCUUCUGAUACUGCCCGCUACCCCUCACUACGGAAUUCAACGCUGGAAUCCUCCACAAACCGCGCAUCGCUGUACCGGUCCUCGAACCCCUCAACGCCAAAACCGUCAACCCCUGCGGCCCCCGCUGCGCCCGAGCCGCUCUAUGUUGAUGUCUUUGGCUACCCACCGGACAAAUAUAGUGUCACAGCGGAGUACUUCCGCUCGUUCGGCCAGACGACGGUGCCAUACCGGGAUGCAAACAUCUCGAACUGCUUUCGCAUUGGGUAUACGAACCCCGGAGAUGCCAUGCGCGCGGUGCGCAAGAACGGCGAAGUCCUUUCGGGCUCUUGGAUGGUUGGCGUGAAGUGGACUGACCCCGCGCAAGCAGAAGCGGUACUCGGACCCAACAUUGUACGAGGAGUCUUGCAAACACCCGAAAUGGCUACCACAGCGCCGGAAACUGCUCCAGCGGUCUCAACGUCUACCGCACAAGAGGCUGCACCACCAGCAGGCGCACAAGGUCCAGCAACGCCGGCGACCCCCACACCUACGUUUGGGAACCCCGUCCGCCUUGCGCCCGCCGCCUCCGCAUUCCGCAAGCCAGGGACGGGCCCGAGCACAACUGCGACGCCGCAAAGAGUGUUCCCCACCGGCGGCUUGUUUGGAGCGUCCACUGGCCCUGGAAGUGCGCAAGCGUCGCCGAGUAAAGGCGUAUUAGAGCAGGUGUCGGAUUUGAUUUUUGGGUGGUGAUACUAGAGGAUUCUUGGAAGUCCGGUGUUGCAACUUGCUCGUAGCUCUUUAAGAGGAUCAUGAUGUCUUGUGUAUGCUGGACGAAAGGGACGUUUACUCGUGAUGACUAAUGGGAGUGGGCACGUACUGAAAUGACAAUCUCCCACCUCGCCACCUUGCAAAUUUCCUGCAACGGUGUA